AUGGCUAGGAAAUUAAAGGGAAAGAUUGGGAGUAAAGGCCUUAAAGGUGCUUUGUUAAGGCAUCAAGCUAAAAUCAAGCUGGUGAAAAAUAUUGAAAGUAAACAAAAACAUGAACUAAGGAAGAAAAAUCCAAACGCUAAUAACAAAAAAGUGAAAAGAAAUCAAGAAUUACAAAAGCUUAAUCAAGGAAAAUUUAUACCUUUUGAGAAAGAUGAAACUUUGAUGUUAUGUGGUGAGGGAGAUUUUUCAUUUGCCAGGUCCAUUGUUGAACAAGGCUAUAUCGAAAGUAACAAUUUAAUUAUAACAAGCUACGACAAUUCUGUUAAUGAGCUUAAAUUGAAAUAUCCGCAUACAUUGGAGGAAAAUUACCAAUUUUUAAAAGAUCUAAAUAUUCCGAUAUUCUUCCAGAUUGACGUUACGAAGCUCGUAAAAAGCUUUAAAAUUUCCAAAAAUAAUAGUUGGUUUAAAACAAUCAACAGGCUUAGCGACCACCGUUGGGGUAACAAACCUUUACAAAAUAUAGUGUUCAAUUUUCCUCAUAAUGGAAAAGGUAUUAAGGAUCAAGAAAGAAAUAUUAGAGAGCAUCAAGAAUUAAUUUUCACUUUUUUCCAGAAUUCCUUACAACUGUUCAAUCUCAUAAACACUAAAGUUCAAAAUGAUACUCUUCGUUAUACGCAAGGUUAUGAUCUUAAUGAGAAUACUCCCCAGGCUAAAAAAUUGACCGCCGAAGGUUAUGGUAACAUUAUCUUGUCUAUUUUCGAUGGAGAGCCAUAUGAUUCAUGGCAAAUCAAACUUUUAGCUAAAAAAAACGGACUAACUCUGAGCAGAUCGAGCAAAUUUCAAUGGGAAAAUUUCCCAGGGUAUCAUCACCGAAGAACAAAUAGUGAACAAGAUACCACAAAACCCGCGAAAGAACGUGAUGCUAGGUUUUACAUUUUUAGUAAAUAUAUCUCAAACAGUUCAAAACGUAACCGUAAAAGCAAAAAAGGCUUCGAUUCUGAUUCAGACUGA